AUGGCCAACCUCCCCUCCCAACACCCAACCCUAUCACUACACCUAUCCGACCGCGCCCUAACCCCCCUCAUCACCUCGGCCCGUACCCGCCCACACCUUGAAUCCCUAACCUCUUUAUCCCACGGCGCUCUCAGCGCCCACGAAUCCGCCCUACGUCUCGGCCUCGGCGCACCGCAGCGCGUCAUGGUCGAGCACUCCGGUUCCGGACCGGUUCUACUACAAUCAUUUAUGCGCGCCGGUCCCAGCUCCACAACCACCAACACCGCGACCGCCACAGCGAACCCAUCCUCAUCCUCUUCUACCGCAGCCGCCGUAGCCCCCAACGGCCAACCAACAAAUCUAGAAGACAACGACGACGACGAACCUAUAUCCCCUCUCGAAGUAAGCGCCGUAGAACGGCGACUCCAACAACUCCAACUCCAAGGCAGCAGCAGCAUAAUCGACGAGCCCACCAUAGCAGAAGAGGAAGAAGACGUCAACGCCCCACCCAUGCUCAUCGGCAUCGUAGUCGCGCCCAACGCCGACGAAGCCCGAGACGCACGGCGCGCAGCCGCUAGGUUGGAGCGAGUAGGACGGGAGAUACAGACACGAUGGGCGGAAGCGCAAAUAGCGCAAGAUGGCUCGGGAAGUGGUACGGCUGUAGGCGAUACCGGCGACUGA